CAGCAAAGGCACAACGAGUUCCGGCGCCUCCUGAUGUGCAACGACGGUUGUUACGGCGGCGGCGCGGCCCGAAUCACCUCGGCGUACCGGCCCGCCCUCUUCCCGGGCUCCGAGAUGAUGCUGUCCGACGCGCAAGAGGAGGAGGAGGACCAGAGAGAAAUAGCCCUACUACGUCAGAGGGUGGGUGACCUGGAAAAAGUCCAGCAGCGGCAGAUGGAAGAACUGGGAUGCGUGGAGCAGAAGGAGCGGGACAAGGGCUCCCUAUGCUGAUGUUCAACUUUUCCACCUUUACAAACUCCCGUUACACAGGCGACAUGACCUCCUCGGCCCUCCGGCAGCUUUUUCCGCCGGGAGCGAGCCCGAGCGAGACGGAGCUUCAGAAGAUGCUGGUCGACGAGAGGACCAAGUGCGAACUUCAUCGAGGAAACUACGAGACUCUUAAGGCCGAACACACCGGCUUGCAGGAUGAGUUUAUUCAGGUACAAGAGGAGGCGAGGCAUCUGCAGGCUCAGGUCGACAGGCUCCAGCAGCAGUUAGCUGAGCGCACGAGAGAAAUUCUGGAAAAAAACACGGAGAUGGAAGAACUCAGACUGCAGGUGAUGACUCCUCAGCGUCUAGAGUUGCUCAGAGCUCAGGUGCAGCAGGAGAUGGAGGGGCCAGUCAGAGCGCGCUUCGCCAGGCUGGAAGAGGAGGCGGAGAAGUACAGGUCGGAGUACAACAAGUUGCGCUACGGCUACACCGUGCUCAAUGCCCAGUUCGAGCACCAAAAGGAGGAACACGCCCGUGUCGCGGAGGAACAGAGGCUACGCUACGAGGCCGAGAUCGCUCAUCUGGACAAAGACAAGGAGAACCUGUCGGCCCAGUACCAGAACGCGGACCCGCGGCGCGACAGGAAACAAACGGAGCUUCUUCUGAGGGAGAAAACGCAGCUGACCUCGCGCCUGAAGGGUCUGCAGGCAGAGGUGGCCGAGCUGCAGGCCCUGAAGGAGCACUCGGAGCAGCGGGCCGACAACGUUCAGCGGGUUCAGAACCGGCAGCUGGCGGAAGCUCAGGCUGCUCUGAAAUCUCUGGAGGCGGAGCGUCAGUCUUUGCGGCUGCGGCUGGAGCGGACGGAGAGCGAGCUCGGUCUGAGCCACGAGCAGAGCAACGGGCUCGCCGGACAGCUGCACAAAACGGAGAAACGAGUCGACGUCCUCACCGGCCAGAUUGAAAGCCUGAAGCAUUCCCACAAAAUGGAGGUGGCGAGCGUUAAACUGGAGUGUACUCGCUCGAAAGGCGAGCUGGAGAGGGAGCGAGACACCCUGCAAGGGCAGUUGGAGGGUCUCCAGACAGACGCGGAGGUGCUCAAGCACGUCGCGGAGAGACAAAAAGAAGUUGUCGUAGAAAAGGAGAGGGAGGUGGCCAGGAAGGUGCAAUCCGCUCGCGAUGAGGAAAUGUACAAAUCGGCUGUCUUACAGGAGGAGAAGUUGGAAUUGGAGCACCGCCUUGCCGCGUGGGAGCAACAGAGGGCGCUGCAGGACACUCAAGCGCAAGCCCAGAAAGAAGAGUGGGAAGAGCAACUCGGCACGGCCCAAAGGGGAGAGACGUCCGCGCGCAACGAACUGCAGAGCCUCAGACUUCGAUUAAAGCAACAAAGCGCUCAGCUGGAGGAGCUGGAGAGGCAGACAGCGGAGGUGUCGAGCUUGAAGCAGAAAACCCAGGAACUACGCGCACAGCUGAGCACGUCGUCGCGGUCUGAAGCUGAGCUGGUGGAAGCCAACCAGCGUCUGAGGGCCAAGGCGGACGGCGCCAGGGAGGAGCUGAGGGCGGCCCGAAGCCAAGCCGAGAGGAGCCAACGUGAGGCGGAGCGGCGGGUGGAGGAGAGUCAGAUGGAGUGGCUGGAAGAGAAACACCAGCUGCGAGAGCGAGAGACCAAGUUGGAUGAGAAAUACUCUCAGCUGAAAGACAAAAUGAAGAGGGCGGCGGUCGCCCAAAAGAAGAGAAGAAACCAGACUGACAACAAAGAGAAGAGCCUGCAGAGUAAGAUCCAACUGCUGAAGGCACAAAUGGAGGAGCUGAAGCUGGAAGCCGCCGCAGCCAACAAACGUCCGCUACACUCCGAGGAACACGCUCAGCUCCGCAGAAAAUUGCGAGAGCUACAGCGGCGACACGCCGAGUUCCGGCGCCUCUUGCUGGGUGACCAGGGUGCCUUCGGGUUCGGCCCCGCUCUCCUCACUUCCGCACGAAACCCGAUCCUCGCCAGGGACGCGGCCUCGAACGUACCGGUACGUAGACACGGCGACGACGACGUAGCGAUUCAACGGCGCGAAACAAAGAGUUCCGUGUACUUGUGUGUGUUCAGGAAGAGGAGGAGCACAGGGAGAUGGUCCUGCUGUGUGAAAGGCUGGAUGAGCUGGAAAGAGCACAGCAGCAGCAACUGGAAGAACUGAACAGCCUCGGGUGAACGCUACGUACUGUAUUUUGGAGCGUUUUCAUUGCAGUCUCUCAGGCCUUUAUUUUUUGAUAAUCUACAUUGUUUACAAUAGCUUUAUAUUCAUUGUUUACACUCUUUGUAUUGUUUACACCUUAAUGUACUUGAAUAUCACCGUUGUGCAAUGAAACACCCACAUUUGACAAGGGCUAGCAAUUUGCCGGAAUAAACAUUGAAAACAA